AUGGAGACUGUUUCUUUGAUGAUCACAAUGAUUGCAGGAGGUGUAUCAAUUCAUGAGCAGCCAGAGUUUGAUCGGUCAAGACAAAGCUUUUGCCAUCAAAUUCAAGAGAAAUAUUUCAUUUUUGGUGUACCACAACCAUACACGUCGCUUCUCGAUGCGUUUAGACGGUCUGGUGAUGUCGAAAAGCUGAUGGAGAUUUGGAAACUAAUGCUUAGAGAGAGAAUCUGUGGGACAAGGGUAACGUAUAACACUGUUCUUGAUGGAUUUGCCAAGCAAGGUCGUUACAUCGAAGCGAGGGAUGUUGUUUCGGAGUUUGGGAAAAUGGGUUUGCUUCCUACUGUUAUGACUUACAAUAUGCUGAUGAACGCUUACGCACGAGGAGGACAAGAUUCGAACCUGCCUCAGCUGUUGAAGGAAAUGACUGCCUUAACUUGA